AUGAGAGCCCCUUGUGUACAAUGUCUCCUCAGGUCUCACUGGUACCUUGCUGUCAUCUGCUUCCCUGGCCAGAUUUCACAGACCAGUGGUUUGGAUCUUUCCCUCAAUGAGCGAAGACAUUCAAGGCAGUAUCUUUGUGCUCCAUCUCCACCCAAUCCAAUGUCCCUCUUUUACUCUCCUGAAUCCUCAAAGCAGCUCUCCAGAUGGAGCCAAUCCAUAGAUGACUUGGACCAGAGCUUUGAAAUACUUUCAGAUGACGAGGCUGAGGAUGACUUGCAGGUGGUGACAAACAGAUCGGUGCUAAACCGUGGCAGUGAUGUGUCUAAAAAGCCAUGUAUCCUCAUCAUGGACUCCCUCACCUCCAGUGGAAGAUCAUCAGAGGUGCAGAUACUCCAACAGUACUUGCAAGAGGAAUGGAGGGUGAAAAUGGGCUCUCAACAGAGUUUUGAAAAGAUGCAUGGAUGGAGUCCCAUCGUCCCAAAGCAGGAUAACUAUACAGACUGCGGUAUCUACCUGCUGCAGUAUGUGGAGAGCUUCCUGAAGGACCCACCUCAAGCUUUUCAUCACAACAUGGACUUGAAAGGCUGGUUUUCACAAAGAACAGUAAAAAGGAAGAGGUUGCAAAUCAAAGAGCUCAUUCUCAAACUACACAGACAACAAUAAGAUUUUUUUUUUCAUCUCCAACUUAUUAUUACCACCUGUAAUUCAGAAAUAGGGUUAUUCUUUACUGUAUUUUUGAAAGCUAGAAGGUUAACUCGCAUUACCUGCAUGUCAUUCUCCGCCUUGUCAUCUGAAAGUAUGCAGAAGCUCUUGUCUAAGUCAUCUAAGAGGGACAAAAUAAGGCAUACUGUGGCUUUAAUUACUGUAAAAGAUUAAUAAUCUCCUAGAAAUGUUUUAAGCAGCAGAACUGUUUCUCACAAUGAAAUUAGGAAAUGUUUCUUGGAGAACCAAAUCAGUAUAUUAGAGAUUCACCCAAAAAUGAACUGUCAUCUUUGACUGCCUUGGUAUCCCAGCUGUACUCUCCGUAUUAUACAGUUAUUAUUUAUUAUUAUUAUUUAAACUCUUGCUGAUUUUUCUUGCUGCUUUAAAUGAUUCAUAUAAAAAUGAAUUUAGAAAAAUGAGUUCUUUGCUUUGUAAAUGGAUGAUUUGUUGUUGAAAGCAAUAAAAGUAAUAUCUAUUAAUAGAAUGUAUUAAAAUAACUAGAUGCU